AUGCUAGCAAUUCUGGACAGCAACAAGGGCUUCAGCACCGCUUCCCUGCAAGCGCUCCACACGGCGGGUGACUUGGCGGCUCAGAACAGCGAGCUGGCCGGCAAGGCGCUGCAGGGCCUGGACUUUGCCGAAGAAACCGUGGCGUACACCGAGGGCAAGAGCUGUGUGGCCCUGGGCGAGGCGGUGGACGCCGUCAGCGCCGACGUCCUGGUCCUGGCCUCGGCCGAGGUGCACGCCGGGCGCCUGGACGCCAACCUGCUGGCCGAGUUCGUGGACUGCCCCCUGCUGCUCCUCCCUUGA